GUUAUGACUAACUGAGUGGGGAAACAGAACAGUUUGAUAAAGACUGUAAAAGAGAGCAAUUAAGUAAGCCAUGAUAGUGUUGACAGCUACCAAUCAAAUAUAGAGAGGGAGAGAUCUAGAUAUCAUUUGUUGCUUUCUUUGCCUAUGUUCUCUGUUUUAGAUUGGCAGCUUAGAAGGUUUUGAGAGAGAUGGGGAAGACAGGCAAAUGGAUUAGAAACUUCUUGACAGGGAAGAAAGAUAAGGAGAGAGACAGAGAGAAAGACAAGGAAAAGCUUAACUCAAUUGCCAUUGAGAAUCCAAGCACCCCCAUUCUUAUCCCACCAACAACUCCCAAAGAAAAACGGCGAUGGAGUUUUCGCAGAUCGUCGGCAACAUCAGCAGGUCACAAGGACUCAAUCUCUAUGGACACAAUUGCCACUACACCGCCGGCAGGACAGCCAAUAUUGGAUUCUGAAAAUGAGCAGAAAAAGCAUGCCAUGGCAGUGGCUGCAGCUACUGCAGCAGCUGCUGGUGCAGCUGUGGCAGCUGCACAAGCUGCUGCUGCUGUGAUCCGACUAACAGCUGCUGCCACCGGGAGAGCAGGAGCAAUUGAGGAGGCUGCUGCUGUUAAGAUUCAAGCUGCUUUUCGUGCUCAUUUGGCAAGAAAAGCACUGUGUGCAUUAAAAGGAUUAGUGAAGUUGCAGGCACUGGUAAGGGGUAACCUGGUGAGAAAACAGGCCACUGCUACACUCCGGUGCAUGCAGGCACUGGUGACAGUUCAGGCUAGAGCUCGAGUUCAGAGGAUCCGGAUGACUGAAGAAACAAAGCCGGUUAAUCAGAGGCAAUUGACUCAAAGAAAAUCCACACAGGACAAUCGGUUCAGGAACACAAAUCAUGAUAAAGAUAGAGGCAUGGAGGAGAACAUUAAGAUAGUGGAGAUGGACCAAGGGGAGUCAAAGGGAAGUUCAAAAGGAAGGAAUAGCUAUUCAAACCAUGCACAAACUGAACGAGCAGAGCCCAGAUUCUCCACAAACUAUGCAACAAAUCAUGCAUACUCAAAACAAGAUAAUCAACAGAUCUCACCAGCCCCAUCAGCCUUGACUGACAUGAGUCCAAGAGCCAGCAGUGGGCAUUUUGAGGAAUAUUGCUUCACCACAACGCAAAGCAGCCCCCAGUGCUACUCAGCUGUGUCUAAACCUGAUUGCACAGGAGUUCCUUUCGCUUUCCCUCAGACCGAUUGCGCAGAAUCUUUGUCCUAUGAUUACCCAUUCUUCCCCAAUUACAUGGCUAACACAGAAUCUUCAAAAGCCAAAGUGCGAUCACAUAGUGCACCAAAGCAACGGCCAGAAUCCUUUGAGAGGCAACCAAGCCGGCGGAGAGCAUCAAUGGAAGGAAGAAACAUCCCAAGGGCCAUGCGGAUGCAAAGAUCAUCUUCGCAUGUAGGCUCCACUGCUCAAGGAUACCAAUAUCCCUGGUCGAUCAAACUUGACAGAUCAACAGUUUCCCUUAAAGACAGUGAGUGUGGAUCUACCAGUACAGUGCUCACAAAUACCAACUACUGCAAAUCCCUCUUUGCAUAUGAUCUGCAGGGGGAUAGGUAUUAACAGUUUAUCCUUUUCAACCACUAUGACUGGCAUUUGUGCAUGGACAGGAAUGUGUAACAGUAAAAUAAACAAGCAAUCCAAGCUUCAGCAGAAGACAGUUGGGACUUUUUAGAUAGAAGUUGCUAAAACAAUUGAUAGUUUUUGGUUCCUGAUUUCAGUGUCAUUUGAAGGUGCUUUGACUUGAAGCUCCCUCUAUGUAGAGUCUACCGUUUGAAAUUUUAUGUUUCUGCAUUAUUUGGAUGAAUGUGUUGCUGAGAAAAGCUGGCAAUGUGGAAUCGUGAGAAUUACCAGGGCAAAUGAAAUUCUCAGGAAUGUACUUUUAACUGAUUCAUUAUU